AUGCAGAUGAAUAAUAUAUUUAUUAUGAUUAUAUCAUAUUUACAAUGUGGAACAGAUAUUGAGAAGAACGAGACAAGAGAUAUAUCAGAUUUAAAAAGAAGAUUCUCUGAAGAAUGUAGAAUUAUAGAAAGUGUUUUACAGGUAGUGAGGAAAGAAAUAAAAAAGACAAAACUCAAAAAAGAUAUAAAAACUUAUCUAAAAAAACCAAUUACAUCUCUAAUAGUAGUUUAG